GUAAUUCUAAACCUCCAUGAGAGCGAUAACUCCGGUCGCGUAGUCGUGAUGCUCGUGAUCGUUCGUCGUGUGUUCGCAAGAACGAGACAUUUACCGGUGAACAUUUCUCUAGAAUAAUACGUUCUUUUUUUCAUUGUUCUAUACUACCAUAUUAAUGGGUGACAGGAUGACUGUCACCGUUUUAAAUACCACACCAGAAUACGUUGAAUUCAUCAAGUCCAAAGAUCUAUCUGUUAUUCACUUUUUUGCACCAUGGGCAGAACAGUGCAAACAAAUAAACGAUGUUCUAGAAGAAAUGAUAACAUUGACAGAGUACAAAAAGGUCAAGUUUGCUAUGAUAGAGGCAGAGAAUUUACCUGAAGUUUCUUUGAAAGCUGGCAUCGCCGCCGUACCAACAGUUUUAUUAUACAGAGAUGAGGAAAUAAUAGAUAGAAUCGACGGAGUUAAUCCUGCUUUAUUAAUUGAAAAAGUUAAAAAACAUUUAACCAGCCAAGAUUCGACCCAGACCGAUAUAGUAUCGCCAAAGGACACUCUAGAGGCCAGAUUAAAGAAGCUUAUAAAUCAUGCGCCUUGUAUGCUCUUCAUGAAGGGAAAUCGUGAACAUCCACGCUGUGGUUUUUCAAGAACUAUGAUCGCUCUUCUUGAUUCUCAUAGAACGGAGUAUCAAACAUUUGAUAUACUCCAAGAUAACGCGGUCAGAGAAGGUUUGAAGAAGUUUAGCAAUUGGCCGACUUAUCCGCAGUUGUAUAUUAAUGGCGAACUUAUUGGUGGAUUAGAUAUUGUAAAAGAAAUGAGUGACUCAGGUGACCUAGACAGUAUGUUACCUAAAAAAAGUGUCCCUCAAGAUAGAAGUUAAAAUAGGACUACAGCUAAUUAAUUACAUCUACAUUUCCUUAAAUUAUCUAAUACCACAUUUUUAUCUACAACUGGAAGCAAUUUUUACUUAAAUAGUUCAAUGUUUCAAUUCAAAAAUUUCAAAACGUACGAUUUAUUCGUUGAUAACUAAUGUAUAUUGUCUAGCAAAUUAAACAUCUCAUUUUUCACCUUGUCAUGUAAAAUCCAAGCAUUUCGAACAGAUACGAAAUGUACUUUAUAAUUUAACUUUCUUCUUUUUUUUAUUAUAACAUUGAAUAUAAAAAUACUAAAAAUUAAUAUUAAAUAUUCAUUUAUUUAAAAAUUCAACUAUAAAUUACAAAUUGCACUCUGUGUAAUUGUACAUAAAUUAAAUAAAAUGUCAUUUUCUGGCUAAGACGCAUUGCUCGCUCGCUCGCUCGCUCAAGGCCAAAAGUGGAGAGGUAGUAAAAUCGCUGGAGCUUCGAUUUACUUAUCUAUCAGUCUUUUUAAAUAACGAUAUGGUACGCUCGUUAUUAAUUCAUUUUCUUUCUAUUCAAUUAUGAAACGUAAUAAAUGAUCUAUUUAUUUAUUACUUCUUUUGCUUUUCAUUCCAAUUUGUGCUCCUUUCUUAGCUCCAGCAACGAUACCUCGAAGCUUUGUUGCCAUUUUUUUCUUCUUUCUGAAAAUUAAUACAUUUAUUUGUACCAGAGGAUAUUAUUUUGCAAAUGAUUUUUUUUUUCCCCCCUUUCUUUUUUUAUAUAUCAUCAUUUACCGCUUAUUUAGAGCAGCUCUUGUCAGUGGAACGUAAGCAUAAGGGUCAGGUUUGCCCUUCUUCUUGAUGUCACCUCCUGCUUUAUGUGCGCGAUAUUCCGAGCCGGGUGUAUGUUCAAUUUUUUGCAUUUUUAAUGGUCUAUGAAUACCUGAACCUCCAGCUAUAACAAAAGCAAUAGUUUCAUUAGAAAUUGUAUUCUUUAGUAAAAUUAUUUCCUGAUAUUCUUAGUGAGUACUUGCCUCGAUAUUUCGAUACAGCAAAACUCUUUAAACUUGUUGUAUCGGAACAUGCACCAUGUUUUCGCUUUCUAUUGCUGGAUAUUAUUGAAUUUUUGUCCUGUUCGUCAUCUUCUGUAUAAAAAAAAUGAAAAUACAUUAUUUCCAGAUA